AUGCGACGAAUCUUUUUGUUUGAUGAAAAUAGUCUUAAUUCAAGUUCCACCAUUGAUACAUCUUCUGCUUCCACCAUUGAUACAUCUUUUGCGAGUCAAUGCACUAACUUUUCUAGUGGUCAAGCGUCCGGUACUCAGGAUACUCAUGCUGGUAUUUUUGAGGAUUGUCCGGGCCUUAAUCCUAACGAUGAGCGUGUAGUAGAGCUGCAAUGUGAGAUACGCGAGAAGUGUGAGGCAUUAACGCAAGAUCCCGAAAUGGGCUUGAUUUUGGGCGAAGCUUUACAUGCGGAAAGCGACAAUGUCCCUUUUUUGCAGUCCAUUGCUGAUGAUUUAACCCAAAACGGAGUAUCCGGGGAAGCCUUUCAAGAAGCUCUGAAUAUAGUGGGACAGGCGGCGGCCUCCCCACUGGACCAAUUUGAGAUUGUCCCAUUGAUUCCUAUGCAUAUCGGAAACUUCUAUUUCUCAUUCACAAAUCCAUCUUUGUUCAUGCUGCUAACUCUGAGUUUUUUCCUACUUCUGAUUCAUUUUGUUACUAAAAAGGGAGGAGGAAACUUAGUCCCAAAUGCUUGGCAAUCCUUGGUAGAGCUUCUUUAUGAUUUCGUGCUGAACCUGGUAAAGGAACAAAUAGGUGGUCUUUCCGGGAAUGUGAAACAAAUGUUUUUCCCUUGCAUCUUGGUCACUUUUCUUUUUUUGUUAUUUUGUAAUCUUCAGGGUAUGAUACCUUAUAGCUUCACAGUGACAAGUCAUUUUCUCAUUACUUUGGCUCUCUCAUUUUCGAUUUUUAUUGGCAUUACUAUAGUGGGAUUUCAAAGACAUGGGCUUCAUUUUUUCAGCUUUUUAUUACCCGCAGGAGUCCCACUGCCGUUAGCACCUUUUUUAGUACUCCUUGAGCUAAUUUCUUAUUGUUUUCGCGCAUUAAGCUUAGGAAUACGUUUAUUUGCUAAUAUGAUGGCCGGUCAUAGUUUAGUAAAGAUUUUAAGUGGGUUCGCUUGGACUAUGCUAUGUAUGAAUGAUAUUUUCUAUUUUAUAGGGGCUCUUGGUCCUUUAUUUAUAGUUCUUGCAUUAACCGGUCUGGAAUUAGGUGUAGCUAUAUUACAAGCUUAUGUUUUUACGAUCUUAAUCUGUAUUUACUUGAAUGAUGCUAUAAAUCUCCAUUAA